AUGGACCGUAUUCCUACCAACUUCGACAUGUUCCGUGAAAAUUUAUUUGUCGACCUACACGGCGCUACAUACUCGUAUUAUUCCCCUGAGGUUUUACCACCUGCGGGGAAUGCUCUGCAGCAGCAUCCCAGCAUGGCGACUUCGUUGUCCGCCUCCACCUUCCCAAUCCUCGACCCUUGCGAUCGUCGUCGGGCUCUUGAGCAGUUCACCGACAUUGUCUGCUCGUCCACGGCGUUACCACCCCAAGCCGACCGUAUUUUGCACGAUGUUCACACAUUCAUGCUCGCACACCCGUCAACAUCUCUAUUCACGACGGGGGAAAACUCGUUGAGCAUGUUUCCAAGUGGAGAAGAUAAUCUAACUCGCGCUCACGUUGGCCAUAUUAACCCCAACGUCCACGAACAAGAGCUCGCUUGCGACGGCAAAGCAUGUCGUUUCGAUAGCUGUCGUGAAAUCCUUUGGGACACUACGACUGCCGGCAUCACCAAACAUCUCUUGGACCAUCACUUCAUGGACGACCGCACGGAAUGGGAGAACUCAGACGAAAGGAUCCGCUGCCUGUGGAGGGACUGCCGACACCGCGGGACUCUCAAGAAGCGCAGCGUCGCGAAGCACAUCGGCACGUCUCACCUCAAGACGACGGAGGUGAGGUGCGACGUGCCGGGCUGCGACACCGUCUUGAGCAGGGGAGACGGCUGGAAGAGACACGUCAAGACCGUGCACGGCAUGGCGACUUCGCCCUAG